CACAGUUCAGUGUUGCACACGUUGUGUUUACGUGUGUCAAAGCUAGCCCAAGCUAGCCACAAAGUCUCUCUUAGCUGCUCGUUCCCGCUGAACUGAUACCGAAACACGAUGAAGCCCGCAGUGGACGAGAUGUUCCCUGAAGGAGCCGGACCCUACGUGGACCUGGACGAGGCAGGAGGCAGCAGCGGACUCCUGAUGGACCUGGCAGCCAAUGAGAAAGCAGUGCACUCGGAUUUCUUUAACGACUUCGAGGAUCUGUUCGAUGACGAUGACCUGCAGUGACGACAUCGUCUGACCUCCUGUGUGUUUCUGUGAACGUGUACAUACGAAAAGCAAUCAUGAAAAUGGGCUCAUUCUGACUACAAGUUCUCUCUUAUUUGUACAGCCCCCUCCUCCCUCCUUCAUGUCACUCACCACUGCACUGAAAUAAAGAUUUUUUUUUUGUUUUUA